GCAGAAAUCGAAGACUGUGUUUGAAGAGAGAUUUGCGGCGUUGUAAUGGGUGGUUCGUCGGAAGAUUUGAAAAUCGACCUGCGAGAAGUGGAAGAGAAAGGUAGAGAAAGCAGUUGCUGCAGCUCGGAAACAACCAGACAAGAGGAAGAACAAAGUCCUAGCUGUACGGAGGAUUUCACGGCUUCUCCGGUUUCAUCUCGUUGGUCUGUGAAGAACAUCGAUGGAGAGAAGAAGAAGAUUCAUUCGGAUUCAAGAGUUUCAGAGGUUGAGAUGAUGAAGGAAAGAUUUUCAAAGCUGCUGCUUGGAGAAGAUAUGUCAGGUUCUGGAAAUGGUGUCUGCACAGCGUUAGCUAUCUCAAACGCAAUCACUAAUCUUUGUGCUACCUUGUUUGGGCAACUAUGGAGGUUAGAACCACUGCCUACAGAGAAGAAAGAGAUGUGGAGAAGAGAAAUGGAAUGGCUUCUUUGUGUCAGUGAUCACAUUGUAGAGAUGACUCCAACUUGGCAAACAUUUCCUGAUGGAACCAAACUUGAGAUAAUGACUUGCAGACCAAGAUCAGAUCUUUAUGUUAACCUCCCAGCUCUAAGGAAACUAGAUAACAUGCUUCUUGAGAUAUUAGAUAGUUUUGAGGAGACAGAGUUUUGGUAUGUUGACCAAGGAAUCAUGGCGCACGAAUCAGCAGCGGACGACGGAUCAUCUUCUUUCCGAAAAUCUUUUCAGAGGCAAGAAGACAAAUGGUGGCUUCCUGUUCCACGGGUUUCACCAGGAGGUUUACAAGAACACUCAAGAAAACAGUUGCAGCAUAAACGCGACUGCACUAAUCAGAUAUUAAAAGCUGCUAUGGCCAUCAACAGUAUCACACUCGCCGACAUGGAAAUCCCUGAAUCAUACCUCGAAUCUCUUCCGCGGAAAGGAAGAUCGUGUCUCGGUGACUUAAUCUACAGAUACAUUUCAUCGGAUCAAUUCUCACCUGAAUGUCUUCUUGAUUGCCUUGACUUGUCCUCUGAACAUCAAGCCAUAGAGAUAGCUAACCGAGUCGAGUCUUCGAUCUAUCUAUGGCACAAAAGAACUAAUUCCAAACCAGCUACUAAUACCAAAACGUCAUGGGAAAUGGUGAAAGAACUAAUGGUUGAUGCAGACAAGCUAGAGUUAAUGGCGGAUCGAGCUGAAAGUUUAUUGCUUUCUUUAAAACAACGAUUCCCAGGUCUUCCUCAAACCGCUCUAGACAUGAGCAAAAUCCAAUACAACAAGGACAUCGGGAAAUCGAUUCUGGAAAGCUAUUCAAGAGUUCUAGAGAGCUUAGCUUUCAACAUUGUUGCACGUAUCGAUGACUUGCUCUUUGUUGAUGAUCUAACAAGACAUUCAUCGGAUCAGAUUCCAACAACAUUAGGCAACAACGGUAAUGACGCUCCUAAGAGCAUUGCAGUGCCGGUUUCAAACUACACAACUCCCAGCUACUCUCCAUCAAAACAGGAGCUCCGAUCAUCAAUCACUGUUCCGCCAUCUCCUUCCCGGUUCAAGAUUCCUCACAGUAGCAGUGUUAAAAGGGUUUUGACGGCUUAUGUAACAAAGAACGAACCAAGAUUGAAGGAUCUCCCUGUAGAAACACCAAGCCGUUCUUCGUCAAGUGAGAGAUUGUCUCUCGAGAAAUGCAUGAAGGAGUCGUUGAAUGUAUCGAACCUUGAUCCUGGGAUUUGAAUUACUACUCCUUGGAAAAGUCUCUGUUUUUGGAUCCCUUUUCCUAUCAAUGUCUUUUUAUAAUGUUUAUUAUUCUUUCUUGUGUGUAGUUUUAGAUUUGUAUAAUAAUAAUUGGAAAGAUAGACUUUGAGGUUAACAACAAAUGAAUGAGUCAAUUAAAC